AUGGCGAAAAAGCUACUCUCCCUCGUUUCGGCUAUCUCGGGCCUAGCCUCAUUUGCGUCUGCUUUUGUUCCUGAGGCCAAGUCCAAUGUCGCCGUCUACUAUGGCCAAGGUCUCGCCCAACCUCGUCUUGCCGAGUUUUGCCAGGACACGACCUUCGAUAUCAUCAACAUCGGAUUUAUCAAUACUUUCCCAGACCAGGAUCCACUGACCGAUUUGCCCGGCAGUAACUUUGGCAACCAAUGCUGGGCUGAUACCUAUCUUGUCGACGGUGUCCCGUCCAAGUUGUACUCGCAAUGCCCUAACUUGGUGGAGGAUAUUCCCGCUUGUCAGGCAGCUGGCAAGAAGAUCUUCCUGUCCCUUGGUGGGGGACACAAAACUUAUGAGAUCGACACUAUCGAUGCCUCCACCAAGUUCGCCGACUGGCUCUGGGGAGCGUUUGGUCCAAAGACCGAUACGUGGGAAUCCGCUGGGAGUCCUCGCCCUUUUGGUGAUGCUGUCGUGGAUGGGUUUGACUUUGACAUCGAGUACAACGGUAGCUGGGGAUAUGCCAAUAUGAUCAAGCGACUCCGGAGGCGCUUUGAGGAGGCGCCCGAACGUAGGUUCUACAUCUCUGCCGCCCCCCAGUGCCCAAUCCCCGACGAGCAACUCGGUGUCGCCAUCGCCAAUUCAGUCAUCGAUUUUGUCUGGGUUCAGUUUUAUAACUCAAACCCUUGCUCCGCUCGUGACUUCGUGGCUGGUACAAAGAACGGCUUCAACUUUGAUGAGUGGGUUCAGGUUAUCAAGAAUGGUGCCAAUCCCAACGCGAAGCUCUACGUAGGUCUGCCUGCUAGUGCGCUUGCAGCAAAUCUAGGGUACUAUUUGACCCCCGAAGAGGUCCAGCCCCUGGUGAAGAAGUACAUGAACAAAUACCCCGAAACUUUUGGAGGUAUCAUGCUGUGGGAAGCCACGGAGUCAAAGAGAAACCAAAUCAAUGGGGCUAGCUAUGGUGAGAAGAUGAAGGACAUCUUGUAUGACCUUGAUCCCAAUCAUCCUACACCAACCCCUUCGCCUACUCCUACGCCUACCUCGACCACAACAACAACGUCUACUACUUCCACCUCGACCACUUCUAGUACCUCGACUUCUACAAACACACCUACACCUACCCCCUCUGGAAGCCCGUCAGGAUCUAGCACUUGGACUUCGGAAACCAGCAGCACCCCCUCAGUGGCACCUUCUGGGUCGAGUACUUUUGUGUCCUCGAGCUCGCAUGUCUCUACGUCCGCCCCUUCAGUUUCCGCAUCGAGCUCUGUUGUGUCUUCAAGCACAUCUGUGUCAGUAACCAGCUCUUCUAUCCCCUCCAGCGGCCCUACGACGUCGAAGACUUCAACCUCGAGCACUCAUACUCCUACAUCAACACCAUCUGUCCCUGACUCCAGCUCCGUUGUCUCUUCAAGUACGAGUGUCUCAAGCGUUCCCGUAGUCCCAGGAAUCAGCACUUCUUCCCACGUGCCUCAUCCGACCUCCAGCACCAGCACUCCGUCCAGCACACCCGGCGCACACUCUUCUUCAAGCUCCAGCGCUUCGAGUACUUCCUCGACUACGACGGAGUGCUCGGAAUCCUCUACUGCCACUAGCUCUCACAGCCUGUCCAGUACGCCAAGUGUCUCGAAGUCUCCGUCGGCAAGCUCUCCAGUUGUUUCGCCUUCAUCGUCGACUUCCACCGAGACAACUGUAACUAUGACAGUGUUUCCGACACCUAGCUCCUCUCGCGUGCCCAUCCCGUCAAGCUCUGUCCCCAGUCCCAGCACCGACUGCACAGAAACUGAGAUCGACUCCACUUCCUCCGCAACAUCUCAGACAUCCGGCACCUCGACGAGCAGGCCCGUGAUUCCAACAACUUCGACCUCUAGUAGAAGCACAAUUUCGACGUCAGGGACCGUUACCCCCACACCGAGCGUGUCCGGUGUGCCAACAUCGUCCCCGUCUGAGACGACUUCCUCGUCGCAAACCACUGACGGCGACUGCGAUGAGACAGCUACUUCCACGGCCCCAGUAGAAUCAACCACGCAGCCCACCACCGGGCUCACUACUAAGCCAACCGACACUGGAUCCGUCACAACUCAGCCUACUACUACAGAGCCAGCCAUUACCACGACACUUAUUGUGACUUCAUACACUAGCAUUUGCCCGACAGGCUUCACCACGAUCACCACCACGAUCACCUCAACUUACUGCCCCGGUACGGCUUCUGCCACAGCCACAGGAACUGAUAUUCCUGGUUCUGUACAGCCCACAGGGCCGCCAGAUAUCCCUGAGGGAUGGACAACCACAGUGACUGUCUGUAACGUAUGUGCUGCGACCCCAACCACGGUCACCCUGACUCUGCCACCCGCAACCACAACUGGAGAGUCUACCCCUGUGCAGCCUACAGACGUGCCCGCCGAGGUUCCAUCUGACGGUGGUUACACCACUAUCCCCGGACCCGAAUCCACAACCGGAGAGUCUCGUCCCGCACAGCCGACAGGUAAUAGCCCUGUUGGUGCUCCCCAUCCUGGUGAAGGGUACACAACCAUCAUCGGACCUGGAUCCACCACCACAGUUGUGGUUGUCCCCGCCCAUCCAGCAUCUACCAGCAGUCUUGUAAUCGGUGGUGUGAGCAGUGCUUAUCCCUCUUCGACCUUCUAUGUCCAGCCGUCGGCCUCCCGGGUUCCUGUGGCGCCUAGCGGUACACAGGGAGGUGAGGCCCCUGUUUUCACAGGUGCCGCGUCUCGCGUUUCUGGCUUGGCGAAGGGAGCUUCUAUGGUCAUUGCUGCUGCACUCUCUAUGCUUGUCGUGAUGUAA